AUGUUGAUUUCAUCGACAUCAAGAAUCGUCAGUAAUCGUAUUUUCACUCGAAAAAGUAUUAUAUUAUUCACAGCUAUUAUUCUUGGUUUUACUGUAGUUAUUAUGACUAUUAUGAUUCCAUUAGUUACAAAAAGAAUUCCUUUACCAAGCACGAUGAACACCACCAAUGGAACGACACCAACACUUUUGGUUCGAACUUCCUCAACUACAACUAUGAAAACGUUUACAAAUGAGAUUUUGACUUCCUAUUCGAGUGUAAUUUCAACAGCUUUGAGUAAUCACACAAUCAAAUGA